AUGGACGUUAUACAUAUGGACUCCAAUGGACAGGGUAACUUGCUGCCUAGCCCAUGUCCGGGGACCAAAAAGCUCAGGCUGCACACUGACAACCCCCCGGAACCACACAACGCUAUGGAAUCUAUAGGAGCCAGUAUCCAUUCGUUUUCGUUGACCGUCAAGAGCCAUGCCGUUGAAGGUAAUCCGCACUCUGUAAUUAGUACCUGCUGGUUUAUCAUGGCUAGUGUUUCAGCUAACCCUCUGAAUGCACGUCUUCAGAAACAUCUGUUAGAAAUUCGAAGAGAGCUGGCUGCUGCUGAGAAGUUUGAGGCUGCUGUGGAGACAGCCUGCAAGCCUCUCCUCAUAUCGCUGGAAAAUCUGGUCGGGAGCAGUUCAGAUUCGUCUACGGGAAUCAUCCCAGCGGCCCUCUUGACGGAGAAAAUGGUGGAAACCGCAACAGAAGUGCGCAGUCUAAUAGAUGUAGUGUUUAAAAAGCGGGGAAGCCUGUCGGCGAAGAAGGACUGCUUAAGAAAACAAGUGGAGGAAGCAAACACUCUGCUGACUAGGAGCCGAGGAGAAGUUAAACAAGUAAGGUUCGACUCAACCGUCGUCUUCCUUUUCCUAACUGAGCCCAACGUGACCCACAGAUAA